CCCUCUUAUAUAUUUUCAAAAUAUCAUAUGCAUAUUUAUUCUGGAUCUUUCUUUCUCAAGUCUCACUCUAUGGUAGAAUAGAAGGAGGGAGCACUAUAGCAGUAGCACACGUUUAAAGCCUUUUUAGCUAACCUGCCACACCUCAUUGUUUCUUCACUCCAUAUAUAUAUAUCACUACAGUAAAAAUGGAAAACCAUCACCAAAUAUUGCAACAACCAAACCGUGAAUUUACCUUACUAAGAUCCACCGAUUUCCUCCGCCAGAAUCUCAAUCUAGAUCCCCCAACCAUCAACACCGGAAAACAUGUCGAUCCUUCCAUCAAAGAAGUGGAUUUUUUCUCAUCAAGUUCAUCACCACCAAAGAACAGUGACACUUAUAACUCGAGUCAAGAAGAAUCGCGUGAUCGUCGUACAAACAUGGCUAAAGACGAUAGAUCACCAACUCUUUUCAAUGAUCAGCUCGUAAACACUGCGCUAAAUCUAAGUCCGGGUGCUGGGGUGUCAAGAUCAGCAGCAAAUGAUGAAAACCUUAAAACUUUGCUGAAUACACUUCAAAGGGAAUCGCUUAGAUUACAAGAAGAGAAUUGCAAACUGAGAUCUAUGUUGGACCAAAUCACCAAAAACAACUACCAGUUACAAUUGUUCAUUGCUUUGCAGAAGCAAAAGCAGUGUCAGAAGGUGGAGACAAAUUCGAUGAUAUUUGGCCAACAUUUACUGGACCCACGACCAUGCACCAAAUUAGACGCUCAAGUUGCAUCAUUUCCAGAUGAUAAAUCUGGUCAACAGGGUGAUCCCGUAGAAGAUGUUCUUGAACAAACGUCCUCACACAGUUGGGGGUCAUCCAAGAGCCCCACCUUUGAAAAAUCCAAGCCUAGUGAGCUUCCUUUCAAAAAAACCAGAGUUUCCGUGCGUGCAAAAUCAGAAGCUCCUUUGAUUAGUGAUGGAUGUCAAUGGAGGAAAUAUGGACAAAAAAUAGCCAAGGGUAAUCCUUGUCCCCGUGCCUAUUAUCGUUGCACUAUGGCCGUAGGAUGCCCAGUUCGUAAGCAGGUGCAACGAUGCAUGGAGGACAAGACGGUGUUGAUAACAACCUAUGAAGGCAAUCAUAACCAUCCUCUUCCACCCUCAGCCACAGUCAUGGCCAAUUCUACCUCAGCAGCUGCAGCUAUGCUCUUAUCUUCUUCAUGUUCAAUAUCUAAUACCGAAGCACUAAGUAACACUGUAGGAGUAUUCUCUUCCAUGCCCUACAUCCCAAUGGCAACCCUCUCAACAUCUGCACCAUUUCCUACUAUCACCCUUGACAUGACCACCAACCCUAUGCAACUGCAUCGGGAAACUUCCUCUGCCCUAACAUCCCUUCUUCCAUUGCAUGCAACUUCUAUUCCCCAGCUACUAGGACACCCUGUCAUCUUCCCCCACAAGAUGCCACAUCCACUAGGCCAACAACAACAACCUUUGUUUUUGACUGAGACGAUGAGUGCAGCUAUUGCUUCGAAUCCGAAUUUCACUAUAGCAUUAGCAGCAGCUAUCUCAUCAAUUAUUGGAGCUCCUAUAGGCACUGAUGGAAACAACAACAAUAGUAGCAAUGGCGGAAGUCAUGUUCUUCCUCUUAAUGGGGCAUCUAUGUUGCCUGGAUCCACUUAGUUUUCACAAUUAUCUAUACACCACAUAUCGAGUCACCCACUAGAUAGAGCAUAUAUAUAUAGUUUAUUCUUAGGAAAAAAAAUUGUAACACAAGAAAAAAAUGAGAGUCGAAUGAUGAUUAUUAUAUAACAAAAAAUGAUUAGGAGUGUGUUGGACAAUCAGAAUAAGAAUGGCCAAAAUGGUUUUGUUACCUAACGUGUGGAAGAGUUGGUUAGAUAAUUGAAGCACAAAGAUCUAUUGAUCUAUAGGUCAAGGAAAAUGAACUCAAGAUGGGAAUAUAUUCAAGAGGAUGCCUAAUAAAUUAUUGACAAACUUUAUGAAGUGAGAUUAAGAAUGUUUAUAUCAAGACUCUUGGAGAUAACUUUUCGUUACGUUUUAUUUCCAUUUUCAAUUUCUAUGAGAUGUAUAAUUAUAAAUGCUAUUGAUUUAUGCUUAUGAGGUA